AGCUCGAUGGCUUCUUCCUAAUCUAGAUUUGGACGGGAAGCGUUAACUGACCAAUCAUAGGCGACCACUGGGAACCGGAAGCUCGAUGGCUUCAGUCUGUGUUUAUGCGUUCCAGGCUGGUCUGUGCGAGGGAUGUGGCAGAUAUAUUGAGUCAAUACUUACGGGUUCGAAGGAAAAGAUUGUUGCUAGCAGAUUAUAAUGGAAAUCGGCAAGAACAAUAUGGAUACAUGUAAUAUGGCGAGUUCCGAUAAAGAUGUGAAGAUCCACUUUAAAGUGGCCAGAUUUAUUAUGGAAGCAGGAGUAAAACUGGGAAUGCAUUCUGUUCCUAUUGCAACUGCUUGUACUAUAUACCACAAGUUCUAUAAAGAGACUAGCCUGGAGAAUUAUGAUCCACACCUUGUGGCAAUGUCUGCAAUUUAUCUAGCUGGAAAGGUAGAGGAACAGCAUCUACGAACAAGAGACAUCAUUAAUGUGUGCCACAGGUAUAAUAAUCCUGGAAGCGAACCUCUUGAAGUAGACUCAAAAUUUUGGGAGCUGCGGGACAAUAUUGUGCACUGUGAAUUACUGAUGCUCAGGAUGUUAAAUUUUCGUGUGUCUUUCCAGCAUCCACACAAAUAUUUGCUCCAUUACUUAAUUUCUUUGAAAAACUGGAUGAAUCGACACAGUUGGGAACGCACGCCCAUUGCUACAGCUGCCUGGGCUCUUCUCAGGGACAGUUAUCAUGGAGACCUAUGCUUACGAUAUGAACCACAGCAAAUUGCAGUUGCAGUACUUUAUUUUGCCUUGCAGUGCUAUGGGGUAGAGGUCCCAAGCAAUAGUAAUGCUGAAACUUCUUGGUGGCAGAAAGAAGAAGCCGAAAGAUUAUCGCUCUGUGGUGUUUGCUGGAAUUAACAGUGCCAGGUUUUUAGUGAAGAUAUUACAAUAUUAACAAUUAACAACAUUAUAUCUGAUCUAAUACAUAUUUAUACUAUGGAUACUGAAAUAGUUUGAGUGACCAAAUGAGACUCCUUGCACCAAAACCAUUGUUUCUUUGGUAAUCUGUUGUAUUAUUUGACUUUUAUUAUCCCCUUUCUGUUAUGGGGGGGGGGAAAUCUGCCUCAGUCCACAUACCCGUCGCUAUUAAGAUGUUUGCUUUCUUUAUUCUUACUGUAUGUAUUGUUUUGAAAAAGUCAUGUUUUUUUUUAUCUGUAGUGCAACUGGUUCCAAGUUCCAACUGUAAGAAGUUGCCUUGAAUACACAGUAUUUUCUCUUCAUAAAUAUUUUUGUAUAACGUCCUGUUUACAUUCAGGGCACAUUACAAAAGCCAGCAUCCGCAUUGGCAUGCCGGCAAUAGUAUGGGUAGCUUGCAAGGAAAGAUGCAACAAUGGAGACCCCAAACUUUUGAGCAACUGGAGUCCUUAUACCAGCCACAAAUGGAACAACAUUUCAUGGUCAGAACUACAGCAAUAGGUCUCUUCAGUUCCAAGAGUGUUGUUAAAACAAGAGACAAUACAACACAAUGGGAAGCUUUUUUGAAACAUGCAUACACUUUUCAUAAAACAACAUUUCUCAGUUUCAACAUUUAAGGGGUUAUUUAUAAAAACUCGAAAAAAAAAUGGAAGAAAAUUUACUAUAAAAUCCGAUUUUUUUUUUUUUGUGAAAAAAGGACAUUUUUUUCUAGAUUUAUUAUAACCCGAGGAUGGAAAAAGUCUGAAUUCAAAAAUCCAGCAUCACAGACCUACCAAGGUUCUAUAUAAGUCAAUAACAGAGGUCCCUAGCCUAUUUAGAAGUUUCUGUGGUCUGUGCUGGAAUUAGCCAGAAUAUCCGACUGUUUCUGACUUUUCAGGCAAAAAUUAAAAAAAUUGAGGGAAAAAAAACUCAGAAAAAAUCAUAUUAUUCGGAUUUUCAAUUUUUUUCCUGUUUCUCCCCGAUCCGAUAAAAUCGUGGUUGUUUAAUAAAUAAGUCCCAAUCGUGGAUUCUAGUUUGGCUGGACUUUCUUUUAUUAAAAUACUCAAAAAUUCAGAUUUUGAUAAAUAUGCCCCCCCCAUAUGUUGUCUUUGUACUGUUUUCAAUUAAAUAAAGGUUUUAAAUGAUUU